UAUGGGCGGAUGAUGAUCCCGGAAAAGUCUGUCCCCAAUGAGCGUAGCCAUGUGCUGACAGUUUCCACAGCAAUGGAUAAAAAGACAGAAGAGGAAAACAGAACAGAUGAAGAAAAGGGGAAAAAAAUUGAAAGUAAAGGUGAUAAGAAAUUGUCUUUGGUAAGAGAUGCGGGGGUUUUGAGCGAGCCCCCAGUCAGUGUCCGGAAGCUGAGCGUCAUUCCAGAGUAUGAGCCUGGUCCAGGGAAUGCUGACACAAGCCAGAGCUCCCAUGAUCCUCAGCAGCCCACAGAGAAGGCCAGCUCCAGUAACCCGCUGUUCACCACCAACAAGUGCACCAGAAACUCCUCAGUCUCUCUCUCCUCCUCCUCCUCCUCAUCUCAUCAGACUGACACAGCUGACUGUGCGGGCAUUAUCCUGUACUGUCUCUUCUGUAGAUUCUAUGACCUGUUCCACAUGUUGCCAGACACCUGUGAUGAAGCCACGUAUCGAUGCUGCCCAUCCUACAGACAGUUCUCAUCAUCGGUGGAGGCCAUACCUAGCAAUGACUGCAACUGUAACUGUAACUUUGACUGCGGCCUGUUUGACUCCUGUCAAGAGACGGGCGAAUUUCUCGAGCUUGCAAUGGAGAUCUCUGAGAUAUGUUACCACUAGCUCCACGGGCUGAAGAAAGGAGGCUAAGCUAAGGCUAAGCUGCUAGUAUGGCACGGAACCACAUUAAAAAUACUGAGCUAGGAAUUUACUGCUAACGUGGAGAACUGGACUGAUGUAACAGGGAGAUUUACGAGGCUUGAACAGUCACUCACAGUUUGUAGUUGAGUCCAGAUGGCUGCUCUUCAACUCCUAAGAUAUGCACAAAAGAAAGAAUCCUUUUCAUCAUGGACACUUGAAAUCGCAUUUACUGAAGGAUGUGUGUGUAGAGGGGACGGGGUUUCUUUUUGUGUGUGUGGCUAAAUACCUUUGUGUUUCUGAGAUUGAGUCACUCUUUACAUUAAGCAUUACUCUUAUGGUUUAGACAGUAUAGUACUCUUACGAUAUCUACAAUACCUUUCAGCAUGUUGUGUGCCCCUGGAAAUAAUCUGAACUGAGGUAAACCAGAAAGACUGAGGUAAACUGAGGUUAAAAAGGUAUCUUACUCAAGUAUGGAGUAUAUUAAGUGUAUGGACAGGAUAUGUUUUCUAAAGACAAUCCGCCAUCGCAAAAGUAAUUCUAAUACAAAUGGUAGGCAUCCUUUAACGCAACUUUAACACCUAACAAACCCUGUACUUCUUUAACACAGACCAGGCCCUGUUGUUGAGUCAUAGCCCAGCAAAAGUGCCUUGUAUCAAGCCUGGGGGGGAGAAAAACACUUCAAUUAACUUGCCUUGUCACCGGUCCAACCAUUGGCUCAACAUACCUCAUUGCAAUUGGCUCAACUUACCCAAAGACAAACAUGUUGAUGAUAAUUUGCCAACACAGCUACAAGCAUGCACAUUCAUGCUAGAUUUAGGACCUCAUAAUAAAGCUUAUACAGGCCAGUCUUAGAUCAAUUGUACAAUGAUCUUCAGUUUAGAAACAAGCCUCAUAAAACCCCUAACCCAAUCUUACAAUGAUCUUCAGUUUAAAAACAAGCCUAAUAAAACCCCUAACCCAAUCUUACAAUUAUCUUCUUCAGUUUAAAAGCAAGCAUCAUAAAACCCCAAACACAAUAUUACAAUAAUUAUCCUCUUCAGUUUAGAUAAAAGCACCACAAAACAUCUAAUACAAUCUUAAAACUACGUUUUAGUUAAGAUACAAGCAUCACAAAACCUUUAACACAAUACUAUAACAAUAUUAGGGUAUUUUUGAACAUGCUAACCACUGUUCCAUAUGGUUUCUUCUUUAACGGAGUCUAUGAAAUGUUGACUCAUACAUUUAUUUAGUGUAUAGUUUCCUAUCAACUAACCACUUUGAUCAAAUUACCCAACUCAAUCCCACCUUAAGUCUGCAAGCGUAAUGUCAUGUAAUGUACAUGGCCCAGUUACUGAUCUAGCUUGUUGUGCGUGUAUUAUUGUGUUGUUAGUAAAGCCAGGCCUCUGAGAUGAGCUGUAAACUAUGGAGAAUACUGAGCUACACAGUAGCGGCUGUGAGGGUUGUGAAUUUCAUCACUGAAGUGUUGUGCACCAACAUUUCUUUUUCUGAAAUACAAACCAUUCCAUGUUCUGCAGGCCUGUUUCAGAUGGAGUGUCAUUGUUACCACAGAAGCUGGCAUGUCUAGGACACUCGUCCUUGUAGAUCCCAUCGACCUCUGUCCGCCGCUCGCGAAGACGGUUCUCUCAAGUGACGGCUGACUGUUUGGAUCACUUCAACCCGAAAUGGGUCCUUGUCACAUAAUAGGAAAUGGACACCGGAGUAUUGGUGGGUAUGUCCCUCUCUCUGGGUAGAGUACACAGCGAGAGCAGCAUGUUGUAAUGUGUCAUCUGUUUCACCGCGAGGUCAGGCAAAGAGGGCCCAUGGUUAGGGUACUUUGCAGAGUCUACAGCAUGCACACACUGCCAUUACAAUAUGUCCACAUUCUGGACAUUUCUUUUAUCAGAUGUGAGAUCUAAUGGAUUAAUCCUGCUGUACAAGCAGGAAGAUAAUUAUAACACAGUUGGCUAAGUCACUGAAUACUCAUGUACUGCUGUUGAUUAGUUUACAAUGAGGAAGCCAUAGGAUACUAGGUUAUGAAAAUGCUUAUGGAUUGUGAAAACACAUGUGCUUUCCAUUGUUACAUUUAGGAUAAAAUACUGUAUGAAAUCAAGACCUUGGCGUAUUUAGAUAAGAUGUGGAAUGCUCCUGCUCCGCAGUACAUUAGCAUAGACACAAAUCACUGUAUGACAUCAGUACAGUAUCACAGACAGAAACACUGUAUGACAUCAGUACAGUAUCACAGACAGAAACACUGUAUGACAGCAGUACAGUAUCACAGACAGAAACACUGUAUGACAUCAGUACAGUAUCAUAGACAGAAACACUGUAUGACAGCAGUACAGUAUCACAGACAGAAAAACUGUAUGACAGCAGUACAGUACCACAGACUGAAACACUAUGAGAGCAGUACAGUAUCACAGACAAAAACACUGUAUAACAGCAGUACAGUAUCACAGACAGAAACACUGUAUGACAGCAGUACAGUAUUACAGACAAAAACACUAAGACAGCAGUACAGUAUUACAGACAGAAACACUGCAUGCAGAUACCUAAUGAACGGUAGAUAGUGAGCAUGCUGUGUAAAAUGGUAUGUUGCUGGUCAAAUCUACAGGGAACGCUGCUUGUGACCAAUUUGCUUAUUACCUACAGCGGCACAAUUACAAAGCUGACUGCUCUAACUAAUACGGCCCCAUAAAGCCUAUCGGAGGUCCUUUGUGGUUUUUAGAACAUAAAGUGUGUCUGCAUAAACAGAUGCCCGGCUCAAACUAAAAACAUCUGCAAGUCUUAAACUGGUUGGAACUCUGUCAAAUUACCUGAUAGC